UGCGUUUCGGUUAACCAAACUCCAGGAAGUCGUGUAUAUUGUGCGGUGAGACAGCAGCGGCAAACACCUUUCAACCUCACAUGGAAGCAUCGAGCUUUUGUUUACAACCGAUAAUUUGACAGUCGCAGUGAAAUUUAGCGGAAUCUUCUCGAGAUAUGGGAGACAAGUCGCUCAAGCAGCACUCCGUAGAGAAAACAGAUGUCAACCAAGACGAGUUGAUACUCCAGCAGCAGAGACGAAUCGAGAAGGAGAUCUCAGAGUCUAUAGCUUUAGUUGGGGAAAAGGAACCAUUAAAGAGUUUAGAACAAGAGUACGCAAAAGACGAUGUAUAUCUUUCGAAGGCGAAAGCGUUGGCUCAAAAGUAUUCGUACAUUAGGCGAACUAGACCAGACGGCAACUGUUUCUUCAGGGCAUUCAGUUAUGCUUAUCUGGAGAAAUUAAUCGGGAAUAAGGAAGAAUACGAUAAGUUCCGAGACUUAGCUUUAAAGAGCAAGGAUAGCCUUGUAGCUUUAGGUUUUCCCCAAUUUACAGUCGAAGACUUUCAUGAUACGUUUAUGGAAGUCAUCGACAAAGUAGGCGGUGGCACAGAAUCCAGCCACCUGGAGUUACAUAAAUUGUUCAAUGAACAGGGUUACUCUGAUUACGUCGUUGUGUACCUUAGAUUAAUAACGUCUGGUCAAUUGCAACGCGACGCUGACUUUUAUCAACACUUUAUCGAGGGGGAACGCACCAUCACAGAAUUUUGCCAUCAAGAAGUAGAACCUAUGUACAAAGAAUCUGACCACAUUCACAUAAUAGCAAUGAGCAGUGCUUUAGGGACUGGUGUUAGAGUCCGUUACAUGGACAGAGGUGCCGGAACUGAGGUAACCGCCCAUGACUUUCCUGAAGGUGCCACACCAGCCGUGCAUUUGUUAUAUCGUCCUGGUCACUAUGAUAUUCUCUACCCAUGAUGCGGAUUUGACAAUACAGGUUUUUCUAACAUAACAUAAGAACGAUUUCUCUGGUGAUCGUGUCUAUUUAAUUUUUACUCUUAAAAGUAUUUUAGUUACAGCAAUCAGUUUCUCGUAAUUUACACACACGAGGGAGAAGUGUCAAGAAAUUAAUUUCUUGUAUCCACGUGUUUUCUGAAAAAUUUGCAAGUGUGCUUUCAUUUUUAAAUUCACGAAUUUAUUAUUCUAUUGUUUAUAGUCAGAAACCAAUUUGAACUUUAACAUUAAUUAAUUAUCUGAAAUAAAUGGCAGAAGAAUCAA